UUUUUUGGACGCUUACAUAUAAAUACCCAACACAAAAUCGUUGCCCUCGCCUAAGCUUCACUGUUCGGCCGCCCCAAGCCUCCCACCCGAUUGAUACGAAGGAUCGAAAAAGCAGGGGAAAAACCUGUGGAAAACAUAGGAAAAAUCAAUGAAAGCAAAGGAAAGAUGGAAAAGUUCGAAAGAUAAACCUUGUCUCACAUAGAUUGAUAUUUUUUUUUUCGCUUCUUUUUUUUUUUCAUUUCAUUCGCUUUUUCGGAGAUCUGUGGGGAAGGAGGGCACCUAGGGAGAUCACAGGGGGUUUUAGGAUUUUGUCCUAGUUGUGGCGGUGUGAGUUGGUCCCUUGAGGUUUUGAGGUAGAACCCUGUAGGGUUUGGGGGUUUUUCAUCGGAGGGAUUCUUCUUUGGCUACAAAAUUUUCAAUUCAGUUCUUGAAAAAAAAAAAAAAAUGGCGGCCCGCCUUUUUUUUUUACCGUGAAUUGGGGAGUUCGGAAGCCGCCACGUUUCUGUUUUCUUUUACCUCUUGCGGUUCGCCGACAUUUAUUUAUUUAUUAAAUAAAAACCCUAAACCCCUCUUUUUGCUCCAUCCUCGCCUUCUAUCUCUCUGAGUCCGACAUCGUUGUGGCCUCCAUCCACCCGCCGCCAAUGGCGAAGACAAAGGCCCAAUCGAAAUCUUCGAGCAGCUCCAAUUCGAAGAAGAAGAAGAGUGCCAAGAGCUUGCUUUCCGGCCCGGCGGCCGCCGCCAUGAAGGCAGCGAAGCCUGUCCGGGCGAACCCCUUCGAGACCAUCUGGUCUCGCCGCAAAUUCGACAUCCUUGGGAAGAAGCGCAAGGGUGAGGAACGCCGCGUCGGCCUUGCCCGUUCUCUCGCCAUCGAAAAGAGAAAGAAGACUUUGCUGAAGGAGUACGAAGAGAGUACCAAGUCAUCUAAGUUCCUGGAUAAGCGAAUUGGGGAAAAGGACGACACGCUCCAGGAAUUCGACAAGGCUGUCAUGCGUAUGCAACGUGAGCGUCAGUUGAAGUUGAAAAGAACAAGCAAAUAUAAUUUGUCUGAUGGUGAGGAAGACGACUCUUCAAUGCCUCAAGUGGAUGACUUUGAGGAUGAAAUAGCUCCAGAUGAUGAUGAUGAUGCAUUUCUUGGGACAGAAAGGAGUGCAAAUUCGUCAAAACAUUUAAGUUUGCAUCUCAUGCCUGACUCGUCAGAAACUAGCUUGCCAGAUGAAGAGGAAAAGACCUAUAAAAGCAAGAAGCAAGUAAUGUUGGAGAUAAUUUCAAAGAGCAAAUAUUACAAGGCACAAAAAGCAAAGGAUAGGGAAGAAGAUGAACAUCUAAUGGAAAAGCUAGAUAAAGACUUCACAUCCUUGGCCCAAACAGAUGCUCUACUGUCUCUAACGCAGCCAAGUAAGAUGAAUGCUCUAAAGGCUCUGCUGAAUAAGAGUGAUGGAAUACAGUCUUCUAAAGCAUCUUCUGGUUCAGCAGACAAAGAAUCUUCCGUUAAAAAGGAACAACCUGAUUCUUAUGAUAAACUUGUCAAAGAGCUGGUAUUGGACAGGCGAGCUCAGCCAUCAGACAGGACAAAGACUUCAGAAGAAAUAGCCCAAGAAGAAAGAGAACGGCUUGAAAAACUGGAGGACGAACGUCAAAAAAGAAUGCUUGCUACUGAUGAUACCUCUGAUGAAGACAGUGAUGGUGGUGACAAUAGCCAUGAACCGGCAUUGAAGAAUUUCAGAGCUGUUUCUGGUGAUGACCUUGGAGACUCCUUUUCAAUGGAUGAGAGUGUUGCAAAUAAAAGUGGGUGGGUCAAUGAUAUUUAUGAAAAUCAGGAUGUGGAUGAUCAUGACCAAAAUGAAGUGAACUCCGUGGAUUCGGAAAGCAAUGACCAAGAAGGAAGUGAUGAUGAUGAUGAUGAUGAUGAUGAUGGUGAAAGUGAUGAGAAUGACACCAGUGGUAAUGACUUUAGAAGUAUGUCCACCAUGAAAGAUUGGGAGCAAAGCGAUGAUGAUGAUCUGGAUUUGGAUGGAGAAGAAGCAGAGGGCCCUGAUGAGGGAGAUAUGGACGUCAAUAACAAAAUGAGCAUGGACAUGCAGAAACAAGAUUCAUUAAAAUCUCAUAAGUUUAGUGCUAUGGACAAACUGACUCCAACCGGACCGGAGGCACUUCCGUUUGUGAUUGAAGCUCCAAACAACCUGACAGAGUUAUGUUCAUUGCUGGACAACCGUUCAGAUACUGAAGUAGUUGAGGCUAUUAAUCGAAUUCGAGCAUGCAAUUCCAUUAGACUUGCAGCAGAAAACCGGAAGAAGAUGCAAGUUUUUUAUGGUGUUCUCUUGCAGUAUUUUGCAGUCUUAGCUACCCGAAGUCCUUUAAACAUCAAGAUAAUCAAGUCACUUGUUAGACCAUUAAUAGAGAUGAGUGCAGAGACUCCAUAUUUUGCGGCGAUUUGUGCCAGGCAACGGCUAAUACACGUCCGGACUCGAUUCUGUGACGAUAUCAAAAUCCCAGGGAAAAGCAGCUGGCCAACUUUAAAGACUUUGCUUCUGUUGAGAUUGUGGUCGCUGAUAUUUCCAUGUUCUGACCUCCGCCAUGUUGUUAUGACACCUGCACUCCUAUUGAUGUGCGAGUAUCUGAUGCGUUGUCCCAUAGAAUCUGGUAGAGAUGUUGCUAUUGGAUCAUUUUUGUGUUCCAUGGUGUUCUCGGUUACUAAGCAAUCUCGAAAGUUCUGCCCUGAGGCUAUAGUCUUUCUGCAAACUCUCCUAAUGUCUUCUAUAGGGUUAGAGUCUGGGCUGCAACAUCAUUCUCAGCAGUUCAUCCAUCUUAAGGAAAUUAAAGGACUGAAACCCUGGCUCAGUAUCCGUGAUCAAGUGUGUAGUGUACAUCCCAUUGAUUUCCUCAAGGUCAUGGACAAGCAAGCUGACUCUCCUUUUUUUGCCUCUGAUAACUUCAAGGCCAGUAUGCUACUGUCUGUGGCUGAAACAUUGAAAGGCUUUAUCAACAUAUAUGAAGAAUUAAGCUCCUUUCCAGAAAUAUUCCUGCCAAUUUCUGCAUUGCUGCAUGAAUUGCUCCAGAAAGCUAAGUUACCAGGCAUGUUACGAGGCAACAUGGAAGAUAUUAUCGACUUAAUUAAGAAGAAAACUGAUGAACAUCACGUGCUGAGGCAACCACUGCAAAUGCGGAAGCAAAAGCCAGUGCCAAUCAAAUUGUUGAAUCCAAAAUUUGAGGAGAACUUUGUCAAGGGUAGAGAUUAUGAUCCAGACCGAGAAAGAGCAGAGAGAAAAAAGAUGAAAAAACGAUUAAAGAGUGAAAAGAAAGGAGCAGUACGUGAACUACGUAAAGAUAAUCAUUUCAUAUUUGAAUUGAAAGAGAGAGAUAGGAUGUUGGAGGAAGAGGAAAGAGCGGAGAGGUAUGGGAAGGCAAUGGCCUUCCUUCAAGAACAAGAGCAUGCUUUCAAAUCUGGACAAUUAGGAAAAGGAAGGAAGAGGAGGAAAUGAUUCUCCACCUGAUAUUUCUCUGCUGUACAUACUCUUGAUCAUUUUGUCAUGCUGUCAAGCUUUCUAAAGAUUUUUCAGGGUGUAUGUCAGAAAAUAUGGUAUCACAGCAGAGCAUCAACAUGAUAUGGUGGUUUCCAUAGAUUGAGGGGAUCAACAAAUUGCUGAGCUUCCUGUCUUGACAUCCUUGAGAACUCGAGCAGCUCUCUCAAUAACAUGUGUGACUAAUUCAAUUCUUCACCUGUUCCACUUUAUGCUCGAGCCAAUUACCAUCAUGAGUUACAUUUCGGUACAAUUGUCUCUUUGGAUAAUUCUAUAUUUAAUAUUUAAUAUUUUGUAAUUACUGUCAUCUAUUUGCUCAUUAGUGAUUAGAUGACAAAAAUAUGCUCAUUGGUGGAAUUAAAUUUUUCUAGUUGAUUUAUGAAGUUGAAAUUGAAUGUUUGUCUUA